AUGAACGACCCGGAGGUGAUCCAUUUGUCUGAGGACAGCGCCAGGGCUAUACGAUUUGGCGUCGUCUGCGAAGGCUGUGGUCGAUCGUGGCGCGCACGGAGAGUCCCAGUCGAGUUCAAGAAGACACCGAAGAAGUCGCUCCUAGAACGUCUACCUACGCUCCCCAAGUUCCCAAAAAAGCGCGGUGGUGGUGCACCCACUUUGAAGGACCUGCGAUCUAGUCGAUCGAUGAGCAACCUCCACGAUCCUACUGAGUCACGUUUUCAGGCUGCGCCGCCGGCCGCUUCCAGGUCCAGCUUCGACCUCCAAGCCCUUUCGAAAACGAUGAAGAAGAAGCAUGGGGUACAAGCUGAGCCGGUUCCUGUCAAGUUCGUGGGCAUCAAGUGUCUUUGUACUAUGACUACUGCAGACACUUCACUCUGUUUCCAGAUCAUGGAUAAGCCGGAGGACCACAACCAGACCCAGUUGGCGAAUCAGGUGGCCGCACGCAAGCCGGCUGGCUUUGGCAGCACACCGGCAGACACUGCGAGAGGUCAUGGUACCCCGACCUUGACGUUGAGGGGAAAGAAGCACGAAAACCCGCUCAUGAGCAACCUUGUCGUCUAG